AUGGUGGAGAUUGUCGACAAGUUGGACCAGAUAUUUCACCAUAUCCAUUAUGCAAUCUGCGGUCUCAGUGCUAUGUCUCUGUGGGGCUACACCCAGUCCGUGCCUGUUCACAUCUCGAUCCUUGUCCCGGAUUACAGCAAAGACGUUGUGAAGUCAUGGGGCAAGACAAAGGACCUCGAGACACACCCCGACAAGCCAGAUUACCUUUGGCUACGGACUCGCGACGGUCUUGCCAGAAAGAUCCGCAUCAAGUGGCUGAGUGAAGAGAGCUUCAGCAAAAUUUCGAUCGUAUCGGUGCCACUGUCACUAACCCCUGACGGCGAGAUUGGGAUGGCUACAUCCGCUGGCCCAUCAACCUUUGGCGGUCUGGCCAACACCAAGGUCGUCUCUCUCGCGUCCAUGCUCAACCAAAUCGCCGAAGCGUACGUCAAGGACAAGCGGGCCCAGAACAAUCCCAAGUACAUGGCGACGAUCGCGAGCCAUGUCUUCUGGCUUCUGCACAAAAUCAUCGACGACGGUCUGAUCAAACAGGGUGCGAUUUCCCUCACCCUUGACAAUGUGCCGGCUGUGGUGGACCCCAAGUUCUGGGACGCCUUCACGAAAAGGUACCCAGAGGCCCCUGGACUGUUCGCGCGUGCCGGGCUGGGGACCUUCAGACCUCAACAGAGCGCGUUGGAGGAGCCCAGCGACCGGUUCGACGGGUAUGGAGCUUACCGUUCCCCUACUAACAAGAGUGGCAUGUACAUGCAUGACCACGCCGGACGCAGUUUGACCAGUGUCUACACUGGCGUUGCACCCAAUCUUCGUGACAGUGUAGCUACAAGUGUAGCCACCUACGGCUCGCAUGUGGACAGGAAGCCUACUGAAGCCAGCAACUUCCAGGCCGACGCGGUCAAGGACCGAGAGAGCAGGUACAAGCGUGUCUCUUCUUCUGGUUCAACACAUUCUAAGCAGAAUGUUGAACAAAACCUUGCUACAUCCGACAGGGCGGACAGGAACAGCCGAACUUCCACCUCGGGCAUGACUGUUGCCUCAGUGGAUGGAGUCAUGGUUACCUCUGGUAUGUUUGGUAACUUGUUCCGUGACGAUGAUUGA